AUGGACGUGGACGUGGACGUGGACGUGGACGUGGACAUGGACGCGGACAUGGACGUGGACAUGGACGCGGACAUGGACGUGGACAUGGACGCGGACAUGGACGUGGACAUGGACGUGGACAUGGACGUGGACAUGGACGUGGACAUGGACGUGGACAUGGACGUGGACAUGGACGUGGACAUGGACGUGGACGUGGACGUGGACGUGGACAUGGACGUGGACGUGGACGUGGACAUGGACGUAGACAUGGACGUGGACAUGGACGUGGACGUGGACGUGGACAUGGACGUGGACGUGGACGUGGACAUGGACAUGGACGUGGACAUGGACGUGGACAUGGACGUGGACAUGGACAUGGAUAUGGACGUGGACGUGGACGUGGACGUGGACAUGGACGUGGACGUGGACAUGGACGUGGACAUGGACGUGGACGUGGACGUGGACAUGGACGUGGACGUGGACGUGGACAUGGACGUGGACGUGGACAUGGACGUGGACAUGGACGUGGACAUGGACGUGGACAUGGAUAUGGACGUGGACAUGGACGUGGACAUGGACGUGGACAUGGACGUAGACAUGGAUAUGGAUGUGGACAUGGACGUGGACGUGGACGUGGACAUAGCGGUGGUCGUGGUCGAUGUGGACAUGGUCGUGGACAUGGACGUGGACGUGGACGUGAACGUGGACAUGGACGUGGACAUGGACGUGGACAUGGACGUGGACGUGGACAUGGACGUGGACACGAACGUGGACGUGGACGUGGACAUGGACGUGGACAUGGACGUGGACAUGGACGUGGACAUGGACGUGGACAUGGACGUGGACAUGGACGUGGACAUGGACGUGGACAUGGACGUUGACGUGUACGUGGACGUGGACGUGGACGUGGACAUGGACGUGGAUAUGGACGUGAACAUGGACGUAGACAUGGACGUGGACAUGGACGUGGACAUGGACGUGGACAUGGACGUGGACAUGGACGUGGACAUGGACGUGGACAUGGACGUGGACAUGGACGUGGACAUGGACGUGGACGUGGACGUGGACGUGGACGUGGACAUCGACGAGGACGUGGAAUGGACGUGGACGUGGACGUGGACAUGGACGUGGACGUGGACGUGGACAUGGACGUGGACGUAA